AUGAAAAGGAGCAUUCCAAUAACAGUAGGAUAUCUAUUAAAUCCUGAUCCUAUAUUUUACAAUGAACUUGACUUCUAUUUUAUAAAUGCGCUUCAAAAUAAUGGUUUAAAAGUAAUCUAAUUGUAACUAAAAGAGAUAUCAAUUAAAGCUUCUAAGGAAGGAAUUCAAAUAUUUAAUGCUAAAGAAAAGCUUUAAAAGCUAGAUGGUUUUUUAUCUUAUGGUUAUAUGAGUAAUUUAAAUAUGCAGAAGUACCUUUACCUUGUUAAAUCAUUGGAGCAAAUGGGUGUUUAUUGUCUCUAUGGUUCUGAGGCUAUCAGAAUCUUAACAGAUAAAUGCUUAUAAUCUUUGAUGUUUGCAUAGGCUGGCCUUCAUGUACCAGAUACGUAUUUUGCUGCUGAUAUAGAAUCAAUAAGGCAUGCAUAUUCAAAUUUACCAGGAAAAUCGAUAAUUAAGUCUCUAAAUGAUUAUGGAGGGGACGGAGUAAUUCUUAUGAAUCAUCCUGAUCAAGGAGUCGAUGUCUCGGUAAAAAGACUUUGGAAUAGUUAGUUAAGUAUUUAACAGAAAUAUAUAAGUGGUUGUGAAGGUUAGUCUAUUAGAGUUUUAAUAGUGAAUAAUAAACCGAUUGCUUGUAUCACAUACAUCGACAAAGCUGGAGAUUUCAGAUCAAAUAGCAAUUUCCAUGAGAACUUUACUACCUCUAACUUAAUCAAUCAUCAAAAGUUUGAUAAAUAUUGCGAAGUUGCUCUUGCUGCUUUAAAAUCGGCAAAAAUUCAAAUUUUGCACGCAGGAGUCGAUUUAAUUGAUGACAUGGAAAAUAUUCAUGUCUUAGAAAUGAACAUUUGGCCUGACAUGCUUGAUAUAGGAGCAACAACAAACUUAGAUACAGUUGAUUUACUCACAAAGGCUUUUAAAGAAAAAGUUUUACUCAAUAUUCCACAAAUAAAAGCUGACCCCUAAUGA